AGCUGAGGGACCAGGAAAGCAGGUUCUCAGAACAGGUGCUCAACCUCAGUCUCAAAAGUGCAGAGGUCAGGUUCCAGCUCUGCCUCCUACGUGAGCCUCUGAAGCGCACUCACCCUUGCCACGAGGUGUGCCCUCUCUGUGCACAGAAAGGAAGUCUGGGUGUGAAAGUCCAUGCCAAGAUCACAAUCCCAGGUUCCAUGAUGAUGUUGGGGGGGUGGCAGCGGGGAGGGGUUCUAGAUGGAAACACUGCAGCAGUGCAGUGUCCACCAGGGUCUCUUGACCCCAAGUGUGAAUUCCCUCUCUCUCCUUCAGACCUGACCCAGAACCAGACCUCUACAUCCCAGGAUUCCUGCAGCGAGGGAGAUGACCUUGACCUGCACCAUCCAGACAUCCACAAAGAGAUCAGUUCCUGGAAGGAACCACCAUGUCCUCCAAUACUGCUGUCUCCAGCAAUGACUCCUCUUCCUCCUCCUCCUCUUCCUCCUUUUCCUCUUCCUCCGGGCUGCACCUCACCCUGAAGCCCGAGGACCAUGGCACCAUCAUUGGGCGUCACUUGAACUUCUCCCUAGAGAACUCGACCAGAAGUAGCCUGGCCAAGCUCCAAGCGGUCUCACCCGCCAGGCUGCUCAACUCCUCUUGCUCCUUGGAGAAGACGCUGCAGUGCAGCUGCUCCUUCCACGGGAUCCCCACGCCCUCUGUGCAGUGGUGGGUGGGCGGUGUCCCUGUGGGUGUGAACAGCGUGGAUGGCGGCCUCCAGGUGACUUCCACCACGCUUGGCCCCUGGGUCAAUAGCACCAUCAGCCUCAGGGGGGAUCCAGAAAUAGUCAGGAGGCUGCACUGUGCGGGCAGGAAUCCGUAUGGAAUCCACACUUGCAGCAUCUUCCUGAUACCAGGUAAGAGCUCCGUUUCCAGCAUGUUCCUGCGAGGGCUGGUCCAGGGCACGGUGUGCGGGGCCAUGGCGUCCGCGCUGCUCCUCUUCUGCCUUGUCCUCCUUGCGUGAGUACCAGAGUUCAAGGGCAUCGCCAGCCUGCCCAGUGCACGCUGCCUUUUCCUGUACUUUCUUCCAGUUCAUUUUGUCUGUCUCCCUUCUCGAAAGGGACUGUAUGUCCUUGACCCUUGUGCUUGAUCUGCAUUGAAGGCUGCAAAUCGCCCUCUAAGCACCACUUUAACUGCACCUCAUGGAGGUUGAUAUGAAUUACUUAUAUUCUCAUUUGGUUAGGAUAUUUCUCAUUUCCAUGAUAAUUUUUUGACCCACGGGCUUUUGUAGAUACCAAUAUUUUCUAAUGAUCUUUUUGAUUCUAGCUUAAAUUCAAUAAGAUGAGAAAAUAUACUAUGUAUUACUUCAAUUUCUUAUUUUCUUUGUAGCACAAUUUUUGUUUAGUUUUUCAUACACAUUCCAUGUGGGCUUAAAAAGAAUAUGUUACUCUACAUUUGUUGAAUUACCCAUGAUUUGUAGAUAAAGGAUUCAUCCAGGAUCAUCAUUUGUCUUUGAUAUGUCUGUGAUUCCUUAACCAAGAUCCAUCCAGGGAGAGGCGAAGGGGCCCAUCCACGCCCGCACACAGAGACAGGAAGCCCCUUGUAGGACAUGCAGACUUUUACCCAUAAUGUCAAGAUAAACCAGAAUGUGUAAAAUAAAAAGUCCCCAGACAAAGCUGCACACAUGGCGACAGGGUGGUAAGCUAUGGACAAGCAGGGUGGGGGCGCCUGGCUGAAGGGCCGGGUGCCACAGGAGGCCUGGAGCUGGGGAGGUGCAGGGCCAUCUCUAAGGCCAGGUGGGGCACAGACUGGAGGCUGGGAGAGGGUCCACACCCAGAGAGCAGGGGUUUGUGUCUGUCCGCUGGGGUGAAGCAGGCAGUGCUGAUCACAGAGGGAGCAAGAGGAAGGGCCUGUUCUU